CCGGUGCCUCCAGCGGAGCCUAUCCCCGCCCGCUCGAGGCGGCUGAGGCACAACCAGACUCGGCUUCCUCGUGGUCCGGUCCGUGUCUGUCUCGGCACCGCGUCGCUCUUGUCUGUCGCCAGCCCGAGCACGGCCCCUGGCACACUCAGCUCCCGUACCCAUCCAUUGAGUUGCCGCCAGGCCCUGGACUGACACCUCUCAAAGCCACAGCCCCGCCUCAGACCGCUCUCUGAACUUAGAUUUGUACAUCCAUCGGCCUUCUCAGCAUCUCCAUUGAGAAGUCCGGUAGACAUCUCACAUCUUUCAUGUCACCUGGGUGUUGCUCCUGUCCCCGGCUUUAUGCACCACCAUCUCGCAGGGGGGUCAAGGGACCGACUUUGCCACCUUCCCUUCUUUUAGGUGUACAAUAAAGCAGUUCGACCAUUCUAUACAUUACUCAGUGCUCAUCACGAGAGAGACAGAGCAUGAAUGGUCAGAGAGAGAGGGAGACACAGAAUCAGAAGCAGGCUCCAGGUUCUGAGCUGUCAGCACAGAGCCCAACGCGGGGCUCAAACUCACGGACCGCGAGAUCACGACCUGAGCCGAAGUCAGACGCUUAAACGACUGAGCCAGCCAGGUGCCCCACUGGGGCACUCUACCAUCUACCAUCACUCUCCCUUUUCUUACAAUUUACCUGAAGGCAGAUAUCUUCUGAACACCCAAUAUGGACACAGCCGUUGCCCUCAAGGAGAAGGAUACCUGCAAACAGGUGGCCCCGAUCAAGGAGAAAAUACGCAAGUAGCACAAAUGUCUAUGAAGGAAGUGGGUGAUGGCUUGCAGGAUCAGAUGAACUGCAUGAUGGGUGCGCUGCAAGAACUAAAGCUUCUUCAGGUGCAGGCAGCACUGGAACAGCUGGAGAUCUCUGGAGGGAGUCCUGCCCCAGGCUGCCCUGAAAGCCCCCGGACACAGCCCCAGGCCCCUGCCAGGCCCACGGCCUGCUCCUCCUCCAACCAACCUUUUGGCACGAAGUUUCCGUCCUGUAGGAGUGUCUGUGGGAGGGAUCUGGUCCCCCUGACAAGAGCACAGCUCCCAGAGCACCAAAGCUGUGCCCAGCAGGGGCCAGAGCUGGCGGAACCGGAAGACUGGACCUCCACAUUGAUGUCCCGGGGCCGGAAUCGACAGCCUCUGGUCCUAGGUGACAAUGUUUUUGCGGACCUGGUGGGCAACUGGCUGGAUUUGCCAGAACUGGAGAAGGGUGGGGAGAAGGGGGAGGCGGGGGAGCCCAAGGGGGAGAAGGGCCAGCCCCGGGAGCUGGGCCGCAGGUUUGCCCUCACAGCAAACAUCUUUAGGAAGUUCCUGCGCAGCGUGCGGCCUGACCGAGACAGGCUGCUGAAGGAGAAACCGGGCUGGGUGACACCCAUGGCCUCGGAGCCCAGAGCCGCCCGCUCACACAAGGUCAAGAAGCGGAGCCAUUCCAAGGGCUCUGGACACUUCCCCUUCCCAAGCACUGCAGAGCCCAGAAGGGGGGAAGGUCCUUCCACAAGCUGCCCCAAGGCCCUGGAACCCUCACCCUCUGGCUUUGAUAUUAACACAGCUGUUUGGGUCUGAA